AUGCUCCUUAGCUUACACGCAAAGCAAACAAAUAUCCUGGAGCUGGCUGGGAACGCCGCCCGCGACAACAAGAAGACCCGCAUCAUCCCCCGUCACCUGCAGCUGGCCGUCCGCAACGACGAGGAGCUCAACAAGCUGCUGGGUGGAGUCACCAUCGCUCAGGGUGGAGUGCUGCCCAACAUCCAGGCGGUGCUGCUGCCCAAGAAGACCGAGAAGGCCGCCAAGGCCAAGUAAACUCCUGAUACCCGCUGAAAACAAACACAACGGCUCUUUUCAGAGCCACACACUUUAUUUUAGGAGCUUUGACUGCUGCUGCUUUGACAAACAUGUUUUAUCAUAAGCAUCCAAUUUUCUACAAUACAUUACUUAUGAAGUCUUGAAAGUAUACAAAUGUAACCCCACGGUGGGAAAAUUUAUACCAAAAUUAUACAUGUUCUUAAAGUCACAAUUCAUUUUAUUCACCAGUGGAAAUAUCAGCAUAUUAUAUCUGCAAUACCAACAGUAAUUCUGGUUCUGAGCUAUGAUCUCA